GAAAGGAGAAAGGAAAAAAGGAAGGAAAGAAAGAAAAGGAAUGCAGGUUUUAAAGUAAUUAAGUGAACAGUUUGUAGGUCAAGGAUUACCUCUCUUCGUUUCCAGGGAAAUGGAGGGCAAAUAAAUUUAAUAAUGAAAUUAAAAUUGGGAAGAUUCUCAUUUCCAAAUGCAGCUAAUCCGCGACUUAUGACCACAAUCGAGGCCCUCCCGCCCCCCCCAAAAAAAUUUCUGGGGUCAAAAAGCGAUACAUUUGCUAAAGGGCAUUUUGCCCCAUUUUUGCCACCUUUUCUGCCGUAGUCAUUAAGUGAAUUGUUGAACCGGCGUUAAGUGAGUCACGUGGUGGGUAAACCAGUUCAGCCUCCUCCUUUAUCAGAAGGUCACAAAAGGCGAUCACGGGACUGUGUGGCCUUCGUGAAUAUGAGCUGGUUGCCCAAUUUUGACGGUCGUAAGUGUGAAAAAACCCUUUUUGGGAGGGUGGUUGUAAUUUUGAGCAGCGACUAAACGAAGCGUCAUAAGUCAAGGACUAGUCCCGGGAGGCAUGGCGGUGCCACAAGCAGCGGCAUACUGGCAGUAUCCUCCUAAAUUUGUCCUCUCCUUUCCAAUCGUCCCCCAGCAGGCAUCGCAACGGGAUGCAGCACCCGCUCGUCAUCGUCUUCCACCGACGCCCACCGACUCCGACCAACUCUUCGACCGGGAGGACCAGGCGGCCGAGAUCGCCCUGACCUUGGUGGCUUCCUUCCAAGCCAUGGAGAAGAAGGUGGAUUCACACACCAGCCGCCUGCUGGACCUGGAAGGCAGAACCGGGACGGUGGAGAAGAAGGUUCUGGAUUGCGAGAAGACGACGGGGGAGAUCGGCGGCCAGCUGGAGAGUAAAUGGGCUGCUCUGGGGACCCUCAUUCAGGAAUACGGCCUGCUGCAACGCCGCUUGGAAAACAUGGAGAACCUCUUGAAGAACCGCAACUUCUGGAUAUUGCGCUUCCCGCCGGGCUCCAAGGGCGAGACGCCGAAAGUGCCGGUGACCUUCGACGACAUGUCGGUCUACUUCAACGAGAAGGAAUGGGAGAAACUGGAAGAAUGGCAGAAGGAACUCUACAAGAACUUGAUGAAGGGCAACCACCAGUCCUUGGUCUCUUUGGAUUAUGCCAUUUCCAAGCCAGGUGUGUUGUCCCAGACCGAGCGAGCGAGCGACUCAUGUCAUGGAGACGGUCGAGACUCGGAGGAGCAGGGGAGACUUCCUGAUGCCACAGCAGCCGGCAUCAGGGUCGUGAUCAAAACGGAAGAGCCGCAUUCUGACGAAUGUCCCGGAGACGUGGAGCCACAUCAGAUGUCUGGCAGUUCGGAGGGCGAUUUCCAGGGUCUGGACCCCGAAGCUCCCUGUGGCAGCCCCUACAGCGCUGCCACCCCACUGGGAAACUUCCCCAGCAACAACCUGGAGGAAGGAAGCGAGUACGACGUGAACUUCGGCGAGAUCAAGAGAGUUACUGUGCAGCACAGCAACUGCGCGGAUGACGGGAUCGUAAUCAAAAUGGAGGAGGAAGAAGAGGAAGAGGAGGAGGAGGAAGAAGAAGAGGAGGAAGAAGAGGAGGAGGAGGAGGAAGAGGAGGAGGAGGAGGAAGACCCCGUCAGUUUGGAGAACCGGGGGUUGUUUUCGUCCCGCGCCGAGCCACCCUGCUCGCUGGCUUGCAAUGUAGAGGUUCUCCGGGAGGAGCAGAGGGUGACCAAGCCACCCCGACCCACCGUGGGGAUCUGUGCCCCGCUUUGUGAGAGAGACAAUAGCGUUGAAACGCGGCCAGUCACACUGCAGCAGCGAAACCGGACGCGUGAGCGGCCGUACAUCUGUCCGGACUGCGGCAAGAGCUUCAUUCUGCGGAUCAACUAUAUAAUCCAUCAGCGUAACCACCUCAAGGAGGGGCCCUAUGAAUGCCACGCCUGUGACCUCAGCUUCCGCAUCAAGCAGCAAUACCUCCUGCACCAGCGGCUGCACACAGCACGGCGUGGGGUAGCUCCUCCGCCCCGCCGCGGGCAGACGUACCCUAACAAGCGUAACUUCAAGCAACAGCCUCAGCCGCCCCUGCCACCUGGCAAACCCUACAAGUGUAGCGAGUGUGACAGCAGCUUCAGCCACAAGUCGAGCUUGAGUAAGCACCAGAUCACACACGUCGGCGAGCGCCCGUACUCGUGCGGAGAGUGCCGGAAAAGCUUCCGGCUGCAGAUCUCAUUGGCCAUGCACCAGCGGGUGCACACCGGCAAAACUGAGCUCUCCUUCAUCUGUCCUCAGUGUGGGAAGGCCUUCAGUCGGCCGUCCCACCUGCUGCGACACCAGCGGACUCACACGGGUGAACGGCCAUACAAGUGCAGCCAGUGCGACAAGACGUUCAGCGAGAAGUCGAAGCUGACCAACCACUACCGGGUGCACACUCGUGAGCGGCCCCAUGCCUGCAGCGAGUGCGGCAAGGGUUUCAUCCGCAAGCACCAUCUGCUCGAGCACCAGCGUAUCCACACGGGCGAGCGGCCGUACCACUGUGCCGAGUGCGGGAAGAAUUUCACCCAGAAGCAUCACCUGCUUGAGCACCAGCGGGCGCACACGGGUGAGCGGCCGUACCCUUGUACGGAGUGCGCCAAAUGCUUCCGCUACAAGCAGUCGCUCAAGUAUCACUUGCGGACACACAUGGGGGAGUGAGGGGGCGUCCCUCUUUCCUGCCCCCCCUCCCCCAAAAGCCAGCCCCGGUAUUUGGGGAGAGAGGACUUAAUCAGGGAGAGGAUAAAGGGCGUCCUGCAGAGAUACCUACCUCUCUGCCCACUGGAGCACUAAAUCGGGGUCUCUCACUCCAAGCCAGUAAUGGGUUUCUGGCUCAACUAACCCUCAUCUCUUCCAGCACCAUAACCUUGAUGGACACAAACUAUCUUCUCCAAGCUUCUGGUUUCCUUUGCUUCCUCCCCCUUCUAUUCUUUUUGAUAAUAAAUGUGCAGCCUGAUUUAUUUG